CAUGAGCAUAAUAUGACCUGACGAGUCCUUUAUUGGAUUUGCUUUUUUGAUCGUCGCGGGUACCCACCGCAAGGCUAACAAAGUGUUGACCGAGGUCUUGGCAGCCUUGGACAGUCCGCUUGAAGUAGUUUCUACGUUCCCAAACUCUCUGCUCUGUUGCAUAUGAAAGAAGCGGUGACCAAUAAACAUCGGGCUGCAUUUGUCGUUGAUGCGGACCUGCCCUAUCGCCCCUUUCAAGCUAAACAGGUUGAGUCACAGGAAAACCAGCUUCCUGAAGGAAACCUUAAUUUCACCCUCUUGAUAUUCCCACGCCUUCUCCACUCCACAACUCUGCAAUCACCAACAACCUCCAGCCAUGACGUUUAAAUUCUCUCGUAUCCAGCGGCUGAGCGUCGUUAUCGGCAUUUCAUUCUGUUUCUUCCUUGCGGAGAUUUCGAUCGGGUUCUACACGCAUUCUCUGGCCUUGGUAGCAGAUGCUUUUCACUAUCUGAAUGAUCUGGUCGGCUUCAUUAUCGCCCUUGUGGCCGCCAUCGUUGCCGAAAGAACAAAGGCUCCCAAGGCACUGACAUUUGGCUGGCAACGGAUCCAGCUGCUAGGUGCCUUUUUCAACGGAGUCCUACUGUUUGGUCUAGGAAUCAGUGUCUUCUUGCAAUCAAUCGAGCGGUUCAUUUCCCUGCAAAAGGUCGAGAAUCCGAAGCUCGUCCUGAUCAUGGGAUGCGUAGGCUUCGGCCUCAAUCUUAUCAGCGUUCUCUUCUUGCAUGACCAUGGCCACGAUCAUGGCGAUGGCCAUAGCCACGGUCACAGCAACGAGCAUAACCAUAGCCAUAGUCAUGGCACAGACAGUGGCGAAGGCUCUGCGCCUGAAGCCUCUACAGACACAGACCCAGACGCAGUCGGUCUGGUGGACGGAAAGCAUAUCCACCAUAAGCACCAUGUCAUCAAGAAGAACGCCUCUCACAAGCCGCACCGAGACCUCGCCAUGAUGGGCGUGCUCAUCCACGUCAUCGGCGACUGCGCAAAUAACCUCGGUGUCGUCAUCGGCGCGGCAGUGAUCUGGUUCGCCAACUAUGGAGGUCGAUUCUACGCCGAUCCAGCCGUGAGCAUGGGUAUCGCCAUUAUGAUCUUCCUCUCUUCCAUCCCACUUAUCAAACAAUCCGGACUCAUCCUCCUCCAAAGCGCACCGCAAGGGGUCGACCAUGACGACGUCAAACACGAUCUCGAACGAGUCCCCGGAGUCCUGGCCGUGCACGAACUACAUAUCUGGCGACUGAAUCAGACCAAGUCCCUUGCUUCUGCGCAUGUGGUCAUCGACGGUGAUAUCAUUCUCGACUUUGACAGUCUCGCCAAGACGAUUCGGGAAUGUUUCCAUGCGUACGGUAUUCAUUCCGUGACGCUUCAGCCGGAGAUUCAUACCAGUCGACAAGUAUCGACUACCGGCCAAUCAACGCAUAGCUCGGGGGUGGAGAUUGGAAUCGGGGAAGGAGAGAGCAGUUCCAAGAGGCGGCAGAGUCUUGAGAGGGCGAUCAAUCAGUGUCAAACUGGUUGUGGGAGUCUGUGCUUGGACUUGACCUGCUGUCGAUGAAAGAAUGCCUUCGGGGAAGUGAAGGCGUUGAAGGUAGCCACUAAGUGGAAAUGUACAAAGAAAAAGUGAUGAACAUGAUUGCAAAUAAUGCAAAUGCAGGCUCGAUUAUAGGAGCUGUUUCACUAAAUAAAUGCAUGAUAAACACGACGCAACUAAUUAUUAUAUCCAAUACAAUCCCAAAGAUUUUCUGACAGAAGGUUGUACCCUCCUAACCUAUCCAGAUCUCAAUAUAUACAUGAAGUUCUCGUCCCAAAUUACCGACCGAAGAAAUGAAGCUCCAGCGGCCGCACAGCGCAAUAUAUAACGAACGAGAAAGCGAAGCCCAGCUCGAAACCAACGUCACCACCAAACGGCAACUCACCCGCAUGCUUGGCAAUCGGUCCGACAAACCAGGUCUGGCUCAUACCGGUGAUCAUACCGGCGACACCGAAGCAGAACGCAAUGGACGCGGCAAUACCGAUGGGCAACUUAUCGGGCU